GCGGGAGGGGGGUUGGGGGGGGUUAACCGGGCGCUCUCGCGAGAUCGGCGCGAUCGGGGCCUCCGCUUCCGGCGGCGGGAGCGGUGCAGAGUCAGCGGCGGCGGGGGCGGAACCGGCACCGGCACCGGCACCAGGAUCCGGCCUCGGAGCCAGCGCCGCCGUCACCAUGGGCAACAUCUUCGGGAACCUGCUGAAGAGCCUGAUCGGGAAGAAGGAGAUGCGGAUCCUGAUGGUGGGGCUGGACGCUGCUGGGAAGACCACCAUCCUCUACAAGCUCAAACUGGGGGAGAUCGUCACCACCAUCCCCACCAUCGGGUUCAACGUGGAGACAGUGGAGUACAAGAACAUCAGCUUCACCGUGUGGGAUGUGGGUGGGCAGGACAAGAUCCGGCCCCUCUGGAGGCAUUACUUCCAAAACACCCAGGGGCUGAUCUUCGUGGUGGACAGCAACGACCGGGAGCGGGUGAACGAGGCGCGGGAGGAGUUGAUGCGGAUGCUGGCGGAGGAUGAGCUCAGGGACGCCGUCCUCCUCGUCUUCGCCAACAAGCAGGACCUGCCCAACGCCAUGAACGCAGCGGAGAUCACGGACAAGCUGGGGCUGCACUCCCUGCGCCACCGUAACUGGUACAUCCAGGCCACCUGUGCCACCAGCGGGGACGGGCUCUACGAGGGCCUCGACUGGCUCGCCAACCAGCUCAAGAACAAGAAGUGAGGGGGGUUCCCCCCUGUGCCCCCCCUGGGCCAUGCCAGGGCCUCCCCCCGGCCGCCCCCUCCCUGCCCCGGUUGGGUUUUGCUUUCUUCUGGCACCGGUUGCUGUGGGGUUUUUUCGGCUUUUUUUGGGGUCCCCCUGGUUCCCCUCGGAUCUCGUGUGUGCGUGCGUGGAAUUAGAGCUCUAUAUAACGCCCAGGGGGGCAGGGGCAGAGCCCUGGGAGGGUGGGAUGGGGGCUGGGGGAAGGGAGGGGGGGCCACCUCAGCACUGCCCUGCCUGGGGGGGCCGGGGACACCCCGUCCCCAUGCAUGUCCCUGCACCCCUCGCCUUCCUCUGGACCAAAUGUGGGGGCAGCAGGGCCAUAGGGUGGGGGGUGGGAUUUGGGAUUAUACACCUCCCCCUCCCUCCCAGCACCCCCUCCCAGCCCUGUUUGCCCCCCCCGGGCAUUCCACACGUCCCCGGCCCCCCCCCAACCAUGUCACUUCGAGGCAGGUCUCCUUCCCGCAGCGUGACCCUCACAGAGCUGGGGGUGACACAGAGCUGCCAGCACCUCUGUGGUCCCCUUGGCCGUGCCCCCCACCUCACCCUGGCCACCUGCCCAUCCUCUCCCCCCCAUGCCAGCAUAGUGAUUGUAUGUCCCUGCCCCUCACGGACGGACAGUGUCCCCCCCACCCCAUAUGGUGCCCCCCAGCCCUCCCCAGCACCGUAUUUAUACCCCUGGUCUGUGCUUGGUGUGACGUGUCGCUGCGGCUCUGCCCUGUCCAGGGACGUGUGUUCUCAGCCCCCCAGCCCCCCCCCCGAGCCUGAGACGGUGGGUGACCCCCCCUGACCCCCCUUGGAUAUUAAACAUGUUUUAUGUA